AUGGUAAGGUUUUCAGUGAUGCUUUUGGUUGUUCUCACUUUUUUCAUUUUGGUGCUUCCAGUGAUGUUGCCUCCUCUGCCUCCACCACCUUUGAUGCUUCUUCUUGUUCCGGUUUUCAUAAUGGCGCUUCUCUUCUUGUUAGCCUUUUCACCUUCCAAAGUUCCAACCUUGGCUGUUGUUGCUGCUUGCUUUGAGUGGUAUUUAGAAUACGAUUCUAUGACUCGACUAACUGUAUCUCCUUUAGAAGGAAGUGGUCUCUUGAAGAAGAAAGAUCAUAAAAGCAGCCCGUUUAAAGAAUUGCAAGAAGGUAAAUAUUUGAUGGUAUAA